AUGUCUGUAAUAAGCUUCGUGUCUGAACAGUUGAAAUUGUCCCAGCAGAGACGCAUUUGCUUUUGGAGGAAUCUUCAGAGAUAUGCAAAGAAAGCUCAGGUUAAAUGUUGGGUUGCUGAGAAAAACGAUCAUGAAAUGACAGAAGAAGAGACAGGGGAAGUAGUGGAGAAAUGUUAUAUAUUUAAGAAACAGGGAGCGAGAAAAGCAAGUCCGAGUUCUUUUGCUGUUGCGGAGUAUCUUUAUCGGUCGGAGUCUGCUUGUACGUAUGUAUACGAACGGAAUAACGCUGACCGGCAAGUGAACGCUGUACAAGGUGAGCUAGAAGGCCAGGGAGGUGACAAUAUCACUGUUGGACUACAUAGACGUCUGCAUGGACUUGGUUUAUACAGCCAAGUUAUGUCAAGAGAACUUUCUUCUUAUCUAAGAACCUUUCACGUUGGUUGCAGUUCGACAAGGGCCAUUUUCAAUGGACAGAAGACGUCUGGUGACACAUGGUUUUUGCCGGCGAAUGAAAUGAAGGUCCAAAAGUUUUCACAUGGAAGCGCUUCUAAUCGAUCAGUUUUCAUGACGAAUCGAUAUGGCACAAACAUUUAUCCAGCUAUAAUAAUAGAGUGUAGUCGUAUGGGUCUUUUUGGUUGGACCCUACAGUUUGGAAUCCGAGAAUUUCAGCGUGGGGGAACUGGGGUCAUAUGUCGUAUUGGUGUUGGUGAAUGGGUCCUGGUAACACACAAUACUUCAUGUGAUACAUUCGCAGUGAAUUGCUUCAUUAAGCCACUUUUACGAACACAGUGGAAUUCAGUGUACGGCUCAUUUGAGGUGUUCACUCAGGCCGUUAAACUAGAUGCGCUUACCGCGGAGUCUGUAGAUUUUGGAUUAGUGGCUUACGACCGCAAUGGAAUUUUGUUAGACUAUAAUGAAGUAUACGAUGUUAAAGUGCGAAUUUUGAAUUCGCCUGAGGAGCACCAGCACAAGCGAGUAGUAUGGGUUAUUUCUGAAAUAGUGAGUGUAACUGAUACAUCGCAGUUCUCUUCUGGUGGCAGGCAUUAUCCACAAAAUAAUCUUUCUUGUGGCAGAGAAAUCGACUAUUCCAUUCAGUUUUCGAGUAUUAUUCGUGAAGUUUUACCACCGGUUAAGAGAAACGAGGGUGCUGAAGUUUUGUUUAAGGGAAAUACCCUGCAGUGUAGUAACUGCCGUGGCGUCGUGAGACAGGUUAGUAGAACGUCCAUAGAAGUUUGGUGUUCCGUUUUCAGUUACGGUGCAAAAUUGUCUUUUCUACGUAGUCGCUUUGAGGUUAUCACAGAGGCCACUCCUAGUGUAGGAACGUGGAUCAGGUUUGAUGCGUGCGGGUAUCCAGACAAAUUAGAACUCUUACGGGCUGAGAUUUUACCUGCACCAGUUCGUCAGCGGUGCACUGAUUAUUUUCUAAAAGUGGAGACGGUUGUUUUACAUUGCGGAAUAAGAGCAGGGAAUCUUGGAUCUUCAUUUUUGGGAUAUUCUCAUCUUUUCGGUUUUGUUUUAGAUGUCUUUAACCGACUUACUGUGGUUGAUAGUCCUGUGUUUCUCAAGUGUUGGGUAUUCCCACUCGACGGCCAUCCUGACAUAAGUUGGGGUAUUGCGGAAGGAAGUGUAAUUCACAAAGUGAAGAAUUAUAAAGGUGAUGAAGUUUGCGAAUUAAGUGAUGUCAGAGAUCCGUUUGAUGUUGCUGGACGAUUGAAGCCUCUUGACUUACAAGUAGAAGACAAAUGCGUCAAUAACAUCAAUUGCGUUUCUUCUUUUCAAGCAACAGAGGCAGAAACUAUUCGUUAUUGUAUAGUGCAGAUCAUGAAGAAGAAGGACCUACGUAAAGACAUUGAAAGGCAAGAUCCUGCGCUUUAUCGCAUCUUACGAGGUUACAUGAGGAAAUGGAAGAACACAGAUGAGAAAAGUUCUGGUUAUCGAUUCCAAUGUAUUGACGACUUAACCAUUGGCCAAGUUAUGCUUCUUUUCCAGAAACAUGCACAGCAUUUUCGUUUUGUGGCUCUCGGAAGGAACGCUGAGGAGCCAUAUGUAAUACGUAGACCUGACUCUGCAGAUUCCCUGGAAGUAACGCGUCAGGAAAUGAAAAAAAAAGGAGAUAACGUUGUGUUCGACAGAGGUCUUGGCGUCACUUUUGUCUUUGCUUGUGAUUUAUUACCCACUGUAUAGAGUGACGUGAAGCUAUGGGAGCUGAAGGGUGGGUGCUUGCAAAAUCUCAUGGUCUAUCAAUCGGGAAGUGAUUACUAUGGGAUUUUUGUGACAGGUGUGUUGCCCAAUUAUGAAGCAGCAGUACGAGCUGCUGCAAAAAAGAUUUGGGGGCCUCCUGGAUGGGAAUGUAUGUUAGGAAGGCUGGAGCACAAACAGUGUAGCUGCUUCCACGAUAACGAAAUGCAAGUAGGAGGGCUGUCAUCUCGUUUACUGGUUGCUGCUGACGUCUAUCAGAUUUCGGCUUUGCUGUGUGCUUUACCCUUCCCAAGGACUAUGGGACUUUCUGACGUGUCCAGAGUUAAAAGUCAGCUGGCGGCGCGAGCGCAGGCUCUUUUGGAAGCUAUUCUGAGGCCGCAUCAUUUCUCGUUCUCGGUAAGUCCUGCUCGUUCUCGUUCGAGGUCUGAAAGUCCGCCGAAUCAACGAGGCGCAUGGAAGGAACCAGGAUUAGGAAGCCUUUCAGAUACCAUUCAGAACUUUUUACAGUCUGUCGCAGCUACCGACAGGAAUCAUGAAAUUGAGGAAACGUCUGUUACAGCUUUUCCUCUACACGUCCCUGCGGGGAACCUUUUCCUUUUUUGUUCUCUUGUAAGAUAUAACUAG